CUGCACUGAGCAGAGUGGCAGCUCCUGGGUAGAUAUGAAAGCUGUGGUUGGACUGUUGAUUGUGCUCCUGGAAGUGUCACAUGCAGCUGAAACCUACUGUGAUGCCAGACAGAAGGGAGCUCAGUGCUACGGCGCUUUGGGAGGAACUGUGGCCUUCAAGCUGAUGGACGAAACCUCAGAAAAACACAGAUUCAAUUUGAAGAAGGAAGCAUCAAUGAUGAACGAGUCAACCCAAAUUAUUCUUUUUGUCAAAAGCAAUAAGCUUAUUUCCAACACCAUGAGCAGCAGAUCUGUCUUUACUCUUAAUAACGGAACAUUCAAGAUCAAUAACUUGAGCAGAAGCGACAGUGGUAAAUAUACGCUUGAGAUUUUUGAUUCAGAUGGGAAAAGAAAAGAAAACAAUACUCUACAGCUGCAUGUUCAAGCUCCUGUGUUGUCUGUGCGUAUGAUCUCGGAGUGUGUGGCUCAGAGGUUGUUAAAGGUGUCCUGUCUCUGUGAGGGUGGGGACAGUCCUCAGUACUCCUGGUUUCUAAAUGGACAACCAACCAGAGACACAGAGAUUGUGAACAGAAAUCCUGUGAAUAACAUCAUUAUUCUGAAACAAAACAUGUCAGGAUACCUGAACUGCUCGGUUUGGAAUAAGAUCAGCCGUGUCUCAGAAGAAAGGAGGAUAUCUCUUUGUGAAGAUAAGACUCAUGAAACUCAAUGUGAGUGCGGAGAAGACGAAGCAAAGUGUUAUGGAGCUUUGGGAGGAACCGUGGUCAUUCACCUGAUGAACAACACUUCACAAACCCCCAAAUAUGAAUGGAAGAAUAAAACGUCAACAAUCCUAAGAGGGAGAUGGAACAAUUUUGCUCCAAAUGACAUUGAGGGCAGAAAUAUCUUUAUUCCUCUGUAUGGUACUUUCAGCAUCAUGAAUCUCAGCAGAGAUGACAGCGGUAACUACACUUUGGAAACGUUCGAUUCAGACGGACGAAAAAUAGAAGACAGAAAUCUUCAGCUGAUUGUUGAAGCUCCUGUGUCCUCCAUCAAGCUGGUGCCUGAGUGUUUGUCUCAGGGACAGAUGAAGGUGUCCUGUCACCCAGAUGCAGGUGAUAGUCUGCAAUACAACUGGACUCUGGAUGGACGCACACUGACAGACUCAGAGCUCUUCUCAGGAAGUAAUGAGACUGACGUCAUUGUUCUGAGGCAGAAUAUCUCGGGACGUCUGGUCUGCUCAGUCUGGAAUCGGUUCAAUUCUCUCUCAGCAGAGAAAACCAUAUCUACAUGUGGUUACAUUUUCAUUAACUGCACUUACAAUGAGACACAGAUAUCUGAGUGGGUGUUGGCAGAAGGGAACACCCUUUGUGUUGACGCCGCUGCAUACAGUGUUGAAGACUUGUUGGCAGUAUUGGCCAGUGUAUUCUUAGCACUGCUAUUUCUCUUAGCUGCUGGAAUAGGAUUCAUCUGCGCCCAUAAGAAAAAACAUACUUUCCAAGUGGAGAAAGACAACAGCGAACCUAUUUAUGCUGAAGUCAGGAUUGUGGCACAACAGGAGAGGCAAACAGAGGAAAGCGUGGAAGAAGAAGUGGAGGUCAAACAAGAGACACUUUCAGAGCUUCCUCAGCAGUCGGAGGUAGCUGCAGUAGCCCCUAUCUAUGCACAAGUGCGUAAAGUUAGGUGACCUGGGUUCCUGCGGUCUCCUUUACAAAAUAUGCAUUAUUGAAAUCAGGUGGACGGGACAAAGUAAGGAUGCCUCAAACUUUCAAUUAAUGUGGUUUACUUUUCAAAACACACUUAAGGUUGAUGCUUGUUUUACUUUUCUCAACUUUUGGGGGUUUGCCUAAGCUGAAAAUACACUAAGACAUUUUCUAGACCAUAAAGUCUGUGCCAAAACCUCUUAAAGUUUUAUGCCGUUCUUGUAAUAGGGCAAACAUUGGGAUCAUUUUUACGUUCUACAUGUAAUUAAAAAUCCCCACAAAAACUGACUACACGGACUGUCUAAUUUAA